UAAAGAGAACUCGGACAGUGCGGACGAUAAAAAAUCGUAUGGAAGAAUUGUAAAUCGGAUUCUUUUUAACGAAUAUAAUAAAACGAUUUCCUUUGUAUGUGUAUCUUAAGUCUGUGUGUGUAUGUGAUUGUUUGUUUUUAUUUCUUAAUUUUAAUGAAAUAAUUGUGAAUAUGAAUAUUUUUAAUGUAAAAAGAAAAUACGAAAGAAUUGCACGAUCCCGAAAUAAUCGAAACUAGUAUUCGUAUUGAAAAUCCGUUACUUAAGUGAUAAGAUUUAAAUACACUCGGUCUUCUUAUUGUAUACAUGCAAAUUUUGAAAUAAAUAUUACGGCUAAAAUUUGUUAAAAAUUCUAAUUUUAAAUUAUAAAAGUGAUUGAAAAAAAAUCGUGUUUAGUUUCGUCAUUUUGGUUUGAAUCAUUUGAAAAGAAAAUAUCAAUGGCCGUUAUGCAGCUGAUAUCGUUAUCUUAAGACAACAAUGUUUAUUUUAUUUGUUGUUACAGAAUAAAACGUCAUUAAUCGAAUUGAUCGAAUAUUGUUUACUUGAAUAUGAAGUGUGCUGUGCUAAAAUAUAACGAUCAAAUAAAAAUAAUAAAAAAAGCAAAAAAUAAUCAAAAGAAAUUAAUCAAGCAGUAAUAAAAAAUUACUAUAAGAGACAGUUUCAUAAUCAAUGCUAUUCACCGUAUUUUGUCUGUUGUUUAUAAACGGUGGCAUACAAAGUAUAACAGCUGGAGCACCUGAACAUUCAACGGUGCCACUAUGUUGCCCCGCCACCAAUUGGAAAUUGGCGAGAAUAUCAAGAGGUUUAUUUCGUUACGACGACUAUACCUGUAUUCCACCAAAGGAGGAUAGCAUUACACAAACUCUGGAAGCAGCAAUUGUACCAUUUGAAAAAAGUUCACCCGUUUAUGGAUAUGGCAUAAUGGCACCUAAAGAUCACGAGCUUAAUUCUACUAUACCAAAGUGUGAGGGUAAAAACUUUGUGGAACAUAUAUUAGAUAAGGAUUUUGAAAUUCCUUCAUUAUCAUGUUUAAUGGGAAUCGGGGAAGAUCGUGUGGCAGCUAUAUCCUGUAUAACGGAUUACAAUACGAAAUUACGGGCCUUCAGUUACAUACACAAAUGCUGUCCCAACAACUAUAUCUACGAUAGCAGUCAACGAAAAUGUGUGGAGGCUUCUGCAAAUUUUCAUUUAUAUAGAAAAUUAUUUAAAAACGCUGCCAUUUUUAAUGCAAAUAAUCUUGCCUGCCCACGCAAUAAAGUUUUGGUUGAAUAUCAAUUAAAUGAUUUCAAAUUUUCCAUCGACAAUGGUCAAUUAUUUUUGAGAACUUUAAAUAAAAAAUUCGAUUUUUCGGAAUAUUGCAUUGAAGCGCUUACACCAAUUACUGAUGGUGGUGAUAAUCAAUCAAACAAUCCCAUUUUAAGACAAGAACAACAAUAUUUAAUACGAACUUGUGAUGAUAUUCUGCCGGUAUGUCGGCGCAUGCCAUGCAUUAGAAGAUGCUGCAAUGAUGGUGAAAUGUUUACGAAGGGAAAUGCCACCUCCUACUGCAGGCGUGACGAAUCCGAUACCUAUUUUCAUAGUUUCGAAAGUCUAGAGAUUAGUGGCAAUUUUUCAAAACCUUCAGUUUUUGGAAUUUUGCGCAGCUUGGAUUGUCUCAAAUAUCGUUUAGAUCCGGAUGCUUAUUCCGAUGAAGCCCACACGAUCAGUGAACGUGAUGGAUCCCUCUAUGUGAUGGCAACCAAAAAACACUACACAAAUGGUCAAUAUUGCGUAGAGAAAAUACGCAACUCCUCGUGGGCCGAUCAAAAGUUGUACACAUUUCUUUGCUUCGAUUCAAAAGUGGUUGGAAACGAUCGUAUACGUUUUAAGGUCUACACCAUUGGUUUACUGAUAUCAUGUUCAUUUUAUGCCAUUACGCUGUUGGUCUAUUUGUCUAUAGCUAAAUUGCGUAAUUUACCCGGAAAGAUAUUGAUCUGUUUGGUGAGCAGUUUGUUUACAGCAUAUUUGGGCAUUGCCCUGGGUCAACUGAUGCCAACGCCAAACGAUACUGUGUGUUUUGCAUCAGGUUUCUUUAUAUAUUUUUGUUUAAUGGCAGCAUUUUCUUGGAUGAACGUCAUGUGUUUCGAUAUCUGGCAGACAUUUGGAUCCGCUAAAAAGAAACAUGGGUUUAAAAAGAAUCAAACAAAAAGAUUUUUAUUGUACUCUUUAUACGGAUGGGGCCUACCAACGCUGAUAACAGCCAUAACGGUAACAUUAACAAAGACCGAAGUUUUAAGCGAAAAUAUACGACCGAAUUUUGGACAUGGCAGAUGUUGGUUUACAUAUGAUUCUCCGGGUUCGGCAAAUCUAUUAUUUUUCUCCGGUCCCAUUGGCUUAUUAUUUCUCAUCAAUUUUAUUCUCUUCAUAUUAACGUUGCGCUAUUGUAAUCGUGUUAAACGUGAAAUCUUUCGCAUGCAAAGUUCGAAUAAUGAGAAACCGGUGCUGAAAAGACGUUUCUUUGUGGAUAAGGCCAGAUUUGCCAUGAAUACGAAAUUGUUUGUGGUAAUGGGUAUUACAUGGUUCCUCGAGCUUUUGAGUAUUGUAUUUUACGAUCACAAAAAGAUUUUCUUUUGGGCCAUUAGUGAUUCGUUUAAUGUUUUACUCGGUGUGUUUGUAUUCUUUAUAUUCGUAUUUAAAAAACGAGUAUGGUAUUCGGUUUUGGAGAAAGUUGGUUUACGAACGAGUGAAUCAAUGAAGAAUGGUCCAAUUGGUACAGGUGCUACUCAUUCCACUUAUACUCAAAAUAAUAUAUCGAUGACACGUCUUAAUGCUAUCGAUGGCAACACUACACUAUUGAGCCCAAAUGCAGCACGCCGUAUGCCGACUAUGUAGACUUGAUGACAGUCUAAGUUUCUACAUAUGCUUUUGUAAAUACUUAUCAUUAUUAUUACUGUAUAUUUUGUUCAUUUUAAUUGUUUUUAGUUUUAAAUAUGCUUGCAUUUAUGUAUCUAUCAUUUGUUAUUUAUUUUUGUUUCAUAUUUUCCUUAUUUCAUCAUUUUGAGAACAGUGAAAUUGAAUUCGUUUACAUUUUAAGUUAAACAUUUGCUUUAAAUAAUAAGUUCUACAUAGUCUAGGGAUACAUUUUUCUAAUAUUUAUUCUCUAUACAUUACAAAGAAGAUUUUGAAUUGGUUUUCUACUUAUUAAAGUAAUCCUCAGAUAUAUGUCUACAUAUGUAGUUACCACAAGCGUAUGAUAGAAAUUGCUGUAUAUUGCUCUUACUAAAUAUUAUGUAGCAUCCAUAGUUAUAAAAUUGAUUCUGACAAACCUAUACUUGUUUGCUGUUAUCAUUUGUAUUGAACACAAUAUCCAACUAAAAUAUGAUUACAGUGUCCAUAGUUGUAUGUUAAAGCUAUGUACACUCGGUUGUUAGAUCUUAUAAUGUAAAUUAUAAGUUCAGACGAUAUUUAAAAAUCUUACAUUUUGUCUGGCAGACAAUAUAUUUAUCUGUCAACAAAAAUUGUCAGUUCACACUGUUGUCAGAUUGUUGUAUGCCAAAAGUUGCCAGAUCCUAUUUUAAAAAUUGUCACACAAUUACCUUACAAUUAUCUGCCAAUGGCAAAAUAAUGUGUUUAUACGAUUGUCAGUUGUCUGACAAUAUUAUUGUUUUACAAUAUACUGACUAUGCUUUCUCUGUCAAGGUUGCAAGACAAAAAUUGUAAGUUCACACUGUUGUUAGACAUUAACUGAACAUUUUUCUACCAAUAUUGUAUGAUCUGACAACCGUGUAACCAUGUUCUGAAGUUAAAAAGAAAACAUUUAUCUGAAAAUGAUUCCAUUAUCAGAUACAUAAAAUUAACACAUCUGAUAAUAAAACUUGUCAGAGAAUUAUCUAGUAAUGGAGACGUAAUGUGUUUACACGGUUGUUAGAUGUCUUACAAUAUUAUUCAUUUACAAUAUACUGACAAUGCUUUUUCUGUCAAGGUUGCAAGACAAAAAUUGUAAGUUCACAUUGUUGUCAGAUAUUUGCUGAACAUUUUUCUGACAAUAUUGUAAGACCUGACAAACGUCUGACCUGACCAUGUCCUGAAAAAAGAAAACAUUUAUCUGACAAUGAUUCCAUUAUCAGAUACAUAAAAUUAACACACCUGGUAUAAAAAAUUGUCAGACAAUUAUCUGACAAUGGUAACAUAAUGUGUUUAUACGAUUGUCAGAUGUCUGACAAUAUUAUAAUUUUACAAUAUACUGACAAUGCAUUUUCUGUCAAGGUUGCAAGACGAAAAUUUUAAGUUCAAAUUGUUGUUAGACAUUUACUGAACAAUUUUCGGACAACUUUGUAAGAUCUGACAAUCGUGUGACCAAGUUCUGAAGUUAAAAAGCUGUGUGUGAGGUCCAUAUAUACGAAUUUUGUUAGAUUUUAUUGUUCUUUAAAUUCCACUGUCGUACUUCGGAUCAGAGUAAAUAGUAAAAGUUUUAGCACUCUCAUCCUAAAUAAAAGUUUAGUUAAGUUGAGAAUACCGUUUAUCCCGGCAUUAGUUUUUAAUAAACUUGAUCAAGUUAAUUUUAGGAUCUCCGAAGUUUCUGCUAGAUCUAGUUUCGAACAAAAAGAAUCUAUUUAAGAUGAUUUCAGUGGAUGGAAUGGAAUAUUGGCAGGUUCUGUCUAAUAACGAAUUUGGAGACCCAAUCACAUACCUAGACUGACAAUUUCGCGGUCCAAGGAUAUGGACCGCCUAUUUUAGUCGUUUAAGGAAAUUCUGCUAGAAAAACUCAGGUUAUGCUGAUCCAAUGCCAAAAUCUAUAAAGAUAUAAGAAACUCAAUUUUCUGGACUUUUCUAAUCAGUGUUCGUGAGGAACGAAUCAUAUACAUAUCUCCUAAGAUAUGUGAAUUCCUUUGAAAGACUGGAAAUGACAAUGAAACUAUUCCUGAAUUUCAUGCUCUAUCAUCGUCUGAAUCAUCUCAUUCAAUGUUGUAUAAUUGUAUCCCUAAACCUGUGUGUCCACUUAGAAUAAGUUCCAUCAUACUAACCACAAACUUGUUCAUUUUGAGAAGGCUUCUCGUUAGAGUUACCCCUUAGGAUAUUUGUGGUUUGCCGUUUCUUGUGGUCUUUGUUAUCUUCCCCAGGUUAACUCUUUAAAAUCUGUAUACAAAUUCCCGGAAAACUUAUACAGAAUAAGAUUUUUCUAUAUAUUGAUUAAAAAAUUUGUUUAUCAUUUGAGGCUUUUAUUUAUCUUUAAUUUAAUAUCAUAAUUUUACCUUUUUAACUCCACUGUAUGUAUUAAAGUAAAAUAUUUUUCUAUCAAUAUCGCUUAAUGAUAAAGCAAGCUAAACAGUAUUAUAUGAAAUACUAAUUUAUGUUUUACAAAUAUUUAUUUAAGAUCGAUUAAGUCCAAAUUUAUAUACAACAAGAAAAGUUAAUAGUUUAAUGAAAAUUUCGAGACUUUAUUAAAACUUUUUAAUAAUUGACAUAUAGACUCCAUACAAAAGCGAACUUUAAAUGUUAGUUCAUCUUCAAGUUGAAUAAUUAAGAAUCUAGAUGGUGUAUAUUCCCUCAUAUAGAACGGAAUGUGAUAACUCAGAUUUUUUUUUAACUUUUAAGCUCGCUUUAGUAUGUAUAUUUUAUUUAGUUAAAUGUUCUCUAAAACAUUUUACACACAAAAUCAUGCCGCAAUCACCUUCAUCUAUGCCUAAGAAUAAGCUUAAAACAAAAUCGAAAUAAAUGCUAAUAAUAAAGAAAGAAAAAAA